ACGUCACGUGGCAUGCGUGCCGGCCCGGCGAAGCGGCUCCUCGCUUGGCUUUCUUUACCCGCUCGGCUCUUCAGAUUCGCCAUAGAAUAACCGUCCGCCCCCUGCCCUUAUUGUAGACGAUAAAAAUCCCCGGGUGACGUACGAAGGUGUCUGGCUCGGAAUAAACCUGGGGAGGGAGCAAGGGAGCGGGGCCGCUGGGACGCCGUGUGGAAUGUGCUGAGGCGGAAGGGCAGGUGGCUUCCCGCUGCUGCCCGGACCCCCAGUCGCUCGGUGUUGGUUGGGAACAAAGGGGCCGAGGCCGGUGCUGGAGCGGAGUUUGAGAUAGAAUGUUAGCGGGCUGAAAAUUUAUCUACCAAAAUGUCAAAAAGGCCAUCCUAUGCCCCACCUCCCACCCCUGCUCCCACAACCCAAAUGCCCAGCACACCAGGGUUUGUGGGAUACAAUCCAUACAGCCAUCUGGCCUACAACAACUACAGGCUGGGAGGGAACCCGGGCACCAACAGCCGGGUCACGGUAGGAGAAUCAACUAUUACAUCAUCCGGCAAACAACAGGAAUUGACCAGAAAUGGCUUUAGAGCUUCCUCUGGUAUUACAAUUCCCAAACCCCCAAAGCCACCAGAUAAGCCUCUGAUGCCCUACAUGAGGUACAGCAGGAAGGUCUGGGAUCAAGUGAAGGCAUCCAACCCUGACUUGAAGUUAUGGGAAAUUGGCAAGAUCAUUGGUGGGAUGUGGCGAGAUCUCACUGAUGAGGAGAAACAAGAGUACUUGAAUGAAUAUGAAGCAGAAAAGAUAGAGUACAAUGAAUCCAUGAAGGCCUACCAUAACUCGCCAGCUUACCUUGCCUACAUCAACGCAAAGAGUCGGGCUGAGGCUGCGUUAGAGGAAGAAAGCCGACAAAGGCAAUCACGCAUGGAGAAAGGUGAACCUUAUAUGAGCAUCCAGCCAGCAGAAGACCCAGAUGAUUAUGAUGAUGGAUUUUCUAUGAAGCACACAGCUACAGCCCGCUUCCAAAGGAACCACCGUCUGAUUAGUGAGAUACUGAGUGAAAGUGUGGUACCAGACGUCCGCUCCGUUGUCACUACAGCUAGAAUGCAAGUUCUCAAACGUCAAGUUCAGUCCUUAAUGGUUCAUCAGCGAAAACUGGAAGCCGAGCUCCUGCAAAUAGAAGAGCGCCACCAGGAAAAGAAGAGGAAGUUCUUGGAAAGCACAGAAUCCUUUAACAAUGAACUGAAGAGGUUAUGCAGUUUGAAGGUGGAGGUGGACAUGGAAAAAAUAGCAGCUGAAAUUGCUCAGGCCGAGGAACAGGCCCGCAAGAGGCAAGAGGAAAGGGAAAAGGAAGCCGUUGAGCAAGCUGAACGCAGUCAGACCAAUGCAGCACCUGAGGCAGAGCAAGCCGUUAACAAGACGGAGGAGAAGAAGGAAGAAGAGAGCGCUCCCAUGGAGACCGAGGAGGCUCACCCAGAAGAAACUACAGAGAACCAGCAGAACGGUGAAGAAGGAACAUCCACACCAGAAGAUAAGGAGAGUGGCCAGGAAGGGGUUGACAGUACUGCGGAGGAAGGAACUAGUGAUAGUAACACUGGUUCAGAGAGCAAUAGCGCAACAGUUGAGGAGCCUCCAGCAGACCCUGCCCCCGAGGAUAGUGAGAAGAAAGAAUAAAUAUUGGUUUAUUCCAUGUCUCUUCUUAACAAGUAUUGUUUUGAGUUUAAAAUGUGCUGUGCUUCUUUUUUUUUUUUUUAAUCUUCCUUGUCCAGAUCAUUUGUCACCAAAGGAUACUGGGCAUUAACUACUUGAUUAUCAUAAUGUAUCAAUACCAGCAUGGCCAACCUAAAGGGGCCUUUAGGGGUGAGGAAUGUCUUAAUAGUAACCUACAAAGGAAAAGACAGUAUUUGUGUCCUUAACCAUUGCUCUAUGAUAGAUAGAAAGAUAGUAUCCUUCAUGGGCUGGGUUUUCUCUCUCUCUCCUCCCCCUUCCCCCCCACCCCCCAAGUUAAUGAUUUUUACACAAGAAAUAUCAGGUAACUACUCUGUCCUAACUAGGAAUUCCUUCAAUGACUGGUGUGGCAUCCCCUCCCAUUCAGCUGACGAUUGGGUAAAGUACAGAUUGGGUUUGACCUUUUGUGAGGGUCACCAAACCAUUCCAGUUCUCUGCCUUAGCCUCAGGUGUUUUCCUCCAAAUCCAUCAUCUUGGUUAUCAUAAGGGAGUACUAAAUAUGUACCCAGGGAGUUGAUAACUCAACCCUGGAUGCUAAUGAAGUUGCAUUGAAUUGGCUGUUGGGGAAACUUUUGUUUGAAGCAUUUGUACUCACUUCUAUACAAUAAACACUGGUUGGCAUUAACAUUUUUAGAUGUUCUAGUGCAGUCUGCAUUGGUGUCAACCAAGAAACUCCACUGGUUCCAGGCCAUAAUAGCGAGAUCAGACCUCUGAUUGCAUAAGCCCCUCCACGGUUUGUUUUGUUUCUCUCUCUCAAACUAAAAACUAACUUAAAUUCCUCUGGCUAAAAUAAUGGAUUUGUCUUUCAGGUAGUUGUCAUGUUGUUAUCCAUAUGCCAGGAAAAGAGCAGGAAGUGUUAGAAGGGAUAAAAGCGCAGCAGCAUGGCAUGUAUUGCCACUUUGCUUUGCUUUUCUAGCUGCCUCCCUUUUUUGCCAAGUGCAAUAUCUCCAGUAAGUGCCAAGUCCUUCAGCCUUUGCUCACUGAAAACUUGCCUUUAAAUCUACGAAGAGCUUUCCUCAAUAAGGGCUGCAGGACUUGGUCCUAAUUCUUCUGUGUGGUCUCUGCGCUCUCUUGUACAGUAACUGUUUCACAAGAGAGAAAAGGCAGGUUGUUCUGGUAUGCUCUGAAGUGUCAUGUGCACAUUUCCAAAUGAUCAGAAGCUCGAUCUGCUUCCAAUGCUAUUACUGUGGUUAUGGUAUGCCUCAGGGCUGUUUUAUGUAAUGUGGGAUUCGUAUCCGCAUCAGUCCUUGUUCAUCUAUGCUCUUUGAUCCCUUUGUUCAAUACAAAUGAUUUUAUUCAAAGGUGUGGCAAAAUAUAAAGCAAGGGAAUACUUAAACAGCAUAUUUCUUGCCCUCCCAUGCUGACUCUGUUGUAAACGCAGAACGAACAGUAACAAAUAGACACCUCCCUUGACAUGAGCUUUCAAAAUCUCUAGCAGUUUCAAAACAUGAAAAUUCUGUUGUCCCCCACCCCAAACAACCAACCCUUCCAAACAAAAUGCUCCUUACCUUUUGAUAAAAUUAAGGCAGACACCAGACAUUUCAUGACUUUUUCCAGCUAAAAGAGACCACAUGAUGCAUUUGCUUCAUGUAAACUCUAGUAUGUUUUUACUGAAUAGUAGUAUUUCUGAUAGUGUGUUCUCUUUUAAAAACAAAAUAAAACCCUUUUGGUCUUUUUUUAAAUGUUCUAAACAUAAUAAAAUGGAACGUGUUUUUUUAAAAAAAA